AUGGACUGGAACGGAACGACCACCGGUACAGUUGAGCUGCUAGUGUCCGCCGGUACAGCUGCCCUAUCGACGCUAGCACCGGUCACGGCAGCCGCACCGUCGGAUCUUACCCCAUCCCCGGGGAUGCCCACUGCGGAAAUGGACACCACCGGCAUGACAGCUUCCGCGAGCGAUAUAACGAUAGCGUCCGCAGCGCACUACCACGGUGGCAUACCGUUUCCCUCCGAGCUGCUCACCUUUCUGCGGCAGACCACCACGAUCGCUUCGUCCUCAUCCGCCUCCUCGAUGCCUUCGCUGAGCGUUACGAACAUUUCCACCUUUCUCAACAACAUUACACUGCGGGCGCUAACGGCGUCCGGGGCGGCGGGUACCGGUCCCGGCGGUACCGGUUCGGUCGAGUUCACCGCAAAUCUGUCACGCCGUUUCCCGCACCAUCCGUUCUUCAGUACCUUCUUCAACGACUCCGCGCUAGACAUCUGUCCCUCGAUCCAGAUGCCGGUGGGGAAUGUGAUUUCGAUGAUCCUGUACGCGCUGGUCGCUAUCGUUGGGUUGUUCGGCAACACGCUCGUUAUCUACGUGGUGCUGCGCUUCUCCAAGAUGCAAACCGUCACCAACAUGUACAUCCUGAAUCUGGCCAUCGCUGAUCAGUGCUUCCUGAUCGGCAUACCGUUCCUCAUCACGACGAUGCACCUCGGCGAGUGGACGUUCGGGAACGCGAUGUGCAAGGCGUACAUGGUGUCGACAUCGAUCACACAGUUCACGUCGUCCAUCUUUCUGUUCAUCAUGUCGGCCGAUCGGUACAUUGCCGUGUGUCAUCCCAUCUCGUCGCCGCGCUUCCGGACGCCGCUCGUGUCGAAGGUGGUGUCGGCGAUCGCGUGGACCGCCUCGGCUCUUAUCAUGCUGCCGGUAAUGCUGUACGCGAACACGAUCGGACGGGAAAAGGAUAAGGUGUCGUGCAACAUUAUGUGGCCGUCGGAGACGGGCGCUAACUCGGGCUCAACGUUUACGCUGUACUCACUGAUUCUCGGGUUCGCGAUACCGCUCACGCUGAUAUUGAUGUUUUACUAUCUCGUCAUCCGGAAGCUGCGUACGGUUGGGCCCAAAUCGAAGUCGAAAGAGAAGAAACGAUCCCACCGGAAGGUGACGAAGCUGGUGCUGACAGUUAUCACCGUGUACGUGCUCUGCUGGCUACCGUACUGGAUCUCGCAGGUGGCGCUCAUUAAUUCACCGCCGGACAUUUGCAAAUCGCGGCUAGAGAUAACGGUGUUUGUGCUGGUGAGCUGGCUCGGUUACAGCAACUCCGCCAUGAAUCCGAUUCUGUACGCCUUUCUGAGUGAUAACUUUAAGAAAAGCUUCCUUAAAGCGUGUACUUGCGCUAAGGGCAAGGAAAUUAACGCCCAGCUGCAGAUUGAGAACAGCUUCUUUCCCCGGUUUGGCCGUAAUCGUGGCUCCGAGCGGGGUAAUUCCACCAAAGUCUUACAGUCGAAUAAUCGGCCUAACAACCGCGCAGGUAUGCUGGACGCUCAGGGCAAUCCGCAGCACCAUCAACAGCAGCAACAGCACCACCAGGCGCACCAUCAAGCCAACGAUGCUCUCGCAAACAACAACAAUGUUUGUAAUGUGAACAAUAACAGCUCGCAGGCAGGUACAGUUAAUGGGAAAAGUGCCGGUUUCCAGAACGGUUCCUCCACCAUGCCGUACGGUGGUAUGAGCACGGAUCAAAGCUCCAUCGUGCGUGGCUGCGGUCCAUCAACGAGCGUAACGACCAUCCAGUCCUCGUCCGCCCGUCCAUCCACCGAUCUGCCACCGGCCGCUGCACCGAUAGUGCCAAUAUCAAGCCGUGCCCUGGACAGUGGUAACGAUGGUCCGUCGGUUGCCGGUUUCGUCAGCCGGCCGCCCGUACUCCACACGGACCUGUAG